AAAAAAAAAAAAAAAAAAAAAGAAACUAACCACACGGUAUAAACCCUCGCUCGGUUAUGCCUAUUAGAAUCUUAAGACACGCCGUGCCAUCUUUUGUACGGCAUCAUGCGUCGUCAGUCUAAAUCUAAUGUCAAUCGCCCUGCGUAGCCAUUAAGCGGCAGAUAUCGAAUAGGACGAAGCGUAGGGAUACUGCUUUUUUUGGGUUAUAAAAUCAAAUAACGCCAUUAUUCGUACUGCCCGGUCGAAGUAUGCAUAAAUCAUUCAAGAUGACAGUCUGAUGUCAACGUGGGGAAGAAUCAUGUUGAACAUCGACAGUCUGUGCGUCACCAGUGCGUGGAUGUGAAUCUUGUGAAACUUUCUUAACGCGUGACCCACGUUUCUUACGUGUUCCCGCAGUGUCUCGUGUCUGCGCAUGCGUAACCCACGUGACGCAGCUCGUCAACGGGCGCUCAAGUUUCGUGCUGGAUAAUCAUAUAGGCGUACCAGGCUGAUCGUUCUACCGUCUGGAAUCCGAACUGUAAAGCCGAAUCUCGUGAAACUCAACUCGGUGUUAAUUUUCAAGCGUCCUCCGACUGUGUAUAGCCCUUAAGGUCGUACGGCGAAUAACAUUGGCUAGAGAAGUGAGUGACGUGGCUAGAUGCGACGCGAAGAUGCUUUUGACGCGGAUGUCAAGUGAAAUUAAUUUUUCGUAAACCAUGUGUCACGCUAUGCGACUCCCAUAUACGGUUACGUCAAAGAAUAUAAAUAUCGACACUGCCUGAUUCGAUAACGAUGCUCCGACUGGUGGAAUCGAACGAUUAAUUUAAAUUCCAAUCGUCCGUUUGACUUACGUACUUCUUUACCUUGUUCCGUUUAUCUCCUUCGUUUCUUCGCAAGCCAAUGAACGCGCUGGCAACGUCGCGGAGCGUCACUCAUCGUCAGUCCCAGUUGAACUGUCAGCGACGGAGCAUCGUUCUCGCUCGGUACGAGCAACCGUAAUUUCUCCUUCGUAAUAGUUUUAUUUAACGUGGACAUUAGAUCUGGGCCGACUAUUAUCGCUCCCAAAGCAAAUGCAAUGCAUCAAACGAUUCGGAUAUAAGGAGCUCACGUAGGUACGAUUGAAGUAAUAAGAGAAUCCCAUGUGGAAGUUCAAUCGACCGAUGAAGAUAGUAAUUAACGAGUAGUUACAGUAAUUUCUUUUUGCUCCAGAUGGAUGAGGAGAGGAUGAAGGAAAAAAAGGAAGAAAAAAAAAUUAAAUAAAUAAUUUAAUAAUAAUGCAAGUUUCUUAGGUAUAAGGUUUAAGCGUACGUCUUUGGAUGAGACUCGUUUGAGGAUUGACGUUGAAAAGAAAAAAAGAAAAAAAAAGAAGGGAGUCCCGUCGUCUUUAUUAACGUGGCCGAAAACACGACGACACGCCGAAAUCCCCAUGCGUCUUCUUUCUUUCCCUUUGUCGUUUCGUCACUUGGCACUUAGUUUCUUGAAUCGCGCGCGCGCCUGCGCGCGCAGCUUCGGCGAAAUCCGCCGGAUCCAAUUACACACGAUACUUUGGUACAAUAAUCGACACAAUAAUCGUUAAUAAGGCGCAGCGCGGUGACAAAUAGAAUAAAGCGAAGUGCGUAGGCUAAUGACAUAAACACAUAAAGGUUCAUCGGACGUCGCGCGUACGAAAUCCAUUUUUAUUACGUAUUCUAUUGGAAUCUUUGAUACACGCGAUAUGCGCAACGAAGUCUCGAUCGUAAUAUAGAUUUUAUUUAAUUUCUUCAUAUUCUCGUCGUCUCGGUUCAGUAUUAAAAAGUGCAAAGAGAGCCGUGCUGUACGAAUUGUACGUCGCGUCUCCUCGAUCACGGGCAAAGAUAUUGAGAAUUUUUUUGUAUCUCGCGCAUGUAAUUUUUUUUUUUUUUUUUUCUAUGUAAAUCAUCCCUUUCGAAAUUGCAUACAAAAGUGCAUAGCGGGAGAUGCUGCAAUUUAUAUAUAUAUAUACAAAAAUAUUUUAAUAAACCAAAAACACGUGGGAAGGCUGCCUGUUCACUGUAUCGCUGUGUAUUAAGGAUUGCAAUGCUCUGUAGGCUUAACGAACGACAUACUGUUAAAUAUUAUCACGGAAAGUAUAAAAAAAAAAAAGAUGAAAAAAGAAGGACCUUAUCAUAAAUAUUUAUUCUAGUUGUAAAACUAAGUAAGAAAGCUUGGAAAGGGCAAACCUUGUACCACUGAUAACUCUAAUGGUAACUAUACACAGAACACACUCACAAACAUAUAUAUAUAUAUAUAUUACAUUUAAAAAAACCUAGUGUCUGACUUCAUGAAAAUUAGCUAAUUGUUAGGAUACCAUUUUUUCCCUUUGGUAAGAAUUUAAACUGCAAUUUUGAUGUCGCGUCUGCGCGAUCGUCCGUCUGGACGCGAAGCGCGCGUUUGGGUCUUACGUGCGUCUUGCAAUUUAAUAAAUACCGAAAUAAGAGAAGCGCGCGAGAGAGAGAGAGAGAGAGAGAGAGAGAGAGAGAGAGUGCGUGUGUGCGCGAAGUAUGUGAAAAAGUUAAUGUAGAAAGACGUGGGGAAAAAAAAAAAAGAAAGAAAAAAAGAUCAGCUCGACGAAGGUAACAGAAGGACCGUAUAUGUAAAUGAUAAAUGAAUUAAGGGAUCGGGUAUGUUGCAGGCGCCCAAUAUUAAAGCAAGCUCGAUAUGGAAGCGAGAGUGAAAUUGAAUGUAUUAUUAAAUGGAAAAAAAGAUUAAAAAAAAAAAUAGAUAAGAAAAAAUAAUAAUCACGUUACUAAGUGGGAUUAUGGAACCAAAAUGUUGGCAUUGAAAAACUUGGAUGCGUUUUUAAUUAUUAGCGUAUCGUGAAUCAUUAACGUUGAACGGUAACGAGGCCAUACAGAUCUAUUUAGGUUUAUAAGUCAUAAGCAGCGCUGUCUUAAUCGUGCCAGCUGCGACUGAUAAAUGCCAAUCGGUGCGCAUGGGAAUAUCAAACUAUUGUACGUGUACGAAAUGAGGUGGUGACGAAGAGAAGAAAAAAGAGAGAAGUGGAUCUGUUGAAAAAAAAUGUUUUUGUAAAUCUUUCGUACUUUCUUUUUUUCGUUUCUUGAUACUUUGCAUGCACACUUGGUAUGAGAUCGUGAAAUAAGCUGUCGAGCUUUGCUGUCGGAUCUCUUUGAUAUUUCCCUGUGCGCCCGCCGCCCGGACAUACUGGCCACACGUGUAUAUAUGUAUCGAACGUCUUUUUUUUUUUUUUACCCGCAUCAUCUUUCUUUUUUUCCGAAUUUAUCAUUGACGAGGCACGAGCAAUUUUUUUUCUCUCUUUUCUUUUUGUAACACUGUCAUGCUCUUUCUUUCUCCUUUGGGUCCGGUCUUUCUUCUUGACGUGACAGUUAAUCACAGCAGACACGUGGCUUUGUUUACAUUCGGAACGUUUGACGUUUGACGUUAUCUUUUUUUUUUUUACGUAUUUCUUCUCUUGCAUUGGAAAGACGAAAGUAUGAACGAGAGAAAGUCUUCUGUCGAUUUCUUCGUUACUUUUGUACGAUCAAAAAUCGCAUAACUUACGUGAACUGGCAAUCCCACCUUAUCACUCAAUAUACGCUCGAUCGACAAAGCCAAUGUUAAUCAGUGAUCGUCUGACAGAUGAAUUUUUUUUUUUUUUUUUUUCGGUCAUAUCAGGGCGAUAUGGUUGAAAGUUUGAUUCGUUCUAUAGGGUGUUCAAGAAUUGUGAAGUAAUGCGAGUUGGGCGCGACACGUGAAAAUAACGGGUUCACUUGUAUGACCCUUUUCUCAGGUGAUCAGUUUGAGGCUAAUCGAAGUAACAUGCAGACGAUAUUUUAAACGAACCGGACGAUUAAAUGGGAAUUAAAGUUCAUCAUUGCGCGUAAUCAGUAUGUAAAACAAUGAGGUUGGAUUUAAAAAAAAUAUAUAUAUAUAUAUAUAUAUAUAUGUACACUCUCUACCGUGCGAUCCAAAAAAUUUUUUUAAUGUAAGGAAAAGUAAUUUAUAUUUAUAUAUCUAUGUAUGUAUAUAUAUAUAUAUAUAUAGACAUGUACGUACAUAUGUUAUAUAUCUCUUGAGGUAAUGCCGAGAAAAAAAAAAGUAUAUGAGGAUGAAGCCGCAUGCGUAAAAUCAUAUAUACGAAAUGAUAAUACGGGUUCUAAUGAUAAAUAUUGUUUUAAUAAUAAAUUUUUGACGGAUUGCGUCAUUAUCUUUAUUUUUAUUUUUUUUUUAUUUUUUCUUUUCUUGGAACGAGUAUAAGUUUUACACUGGCUCUUAUCCUGUUAAAGUUUUCGGGCACUGUACGUCGAGGUCAUAAUUUUUUAACGCAUUUCGAACGUAAUCUCCGCGUGUAAGAAUUAGCGAGCACUUUUAUUCGUUUUUGUGUGUGUAAAUAUACGUUUUGGCCAAUCUCGCCGAAUCUCUUAACGUAUUUCGUUCUAGUUGUAAGUUGGGGCGCCUGUCACCCAAACGUGGCGAGCGAAAAAAGAAGUAUUGGUAAAUUUUUAAAAUUCAAGGCGCACCGUCGACAGCGUCGAAACAAAACGGGUAUUCCCCGGGAGCACGCGUAGAGCAACGACCGCGAGAUUCGUCUGAGAGAAAUAGAAAGAAAAAAAAAAAUGACAAAUGGCUACCCAUUACGUCUUUCGACGCGCCGUAGACGCCUGUUCGAUCUAACGAGAAAAAUGAAAGAAAAAAAAAAGUGAAGAAAAAUCCUAGUGGCAAAGAAAAAGAAAAAAGUGUAACGAAAAUUAUUCCUGAAACGGUCGGCCAGUAUAAAAUUUUCACAGCCGAACGACUCGAGGGUAAUUUCCCUAAAAACGAGAAUAUAGAGUGAGAAAGAUGAAAGAGAAAAAAAAACAAAGUAAACCAAUUGGAUCUGUGAUAAUACGUCGCUUUAAAACACACGAAACAAAACGAAAAAUAAUCCUCUUCCUUCUCGCGACGAACUCGCGAGGCAGCGCCCAAAGGGAUUUUGAAAUCGCGAAGAAUUCGCGCCUUUUUUUUAAUACCACGUUCACACUCACCACCCCACCACGCACAAAUACACCAACACGUAGGACAGAGAGAGAGAGAGAGACAGAAACAGGCGAUCGGUCUUUUCCGUCGAUUCUCGGCCACGGAACGUCCAACGUUCCACAGGUGUCUGCCGGGAGGAUUUCGGAAAGAGUAAUUUAAAAAAAAAAAGAACAUCCUUUCAACACUUUUAUCCGAUAUCAUUUUUAUUUAUUGCAAAAGAUAUUUUUACAACCCUUUUUUCCCGACUGUGGGUCGCUGUUAUCUUUUCAAUUUUAAACUUGCCCGCUUUUCCCGCGCCUGGGACCUGUCGAGGUGGCUACCCAACCCAAACGUUCGUCCGACUCGGCAAAGCAAGAACUUCUAUCGACGCGCAUGCGCAACGCGUGUUACUUAUUGUCUCGCAAUUACUUUUAAGGUAAUACAAUUAAAUACGAUAUAAGAAUUCCUCGUUUAAGAUUCGUAUAGAGUUUUAACGUGUCAGCUUUAAAAGUGGCGGCGGAGGAGGUUAGGGCGAAGUGAGAGUGCGUGAUGCGUGUGUGCCUGUAUGUGCCGAUACAUCGCUGACGAUUGAUAGUAAUUAAUAAUUAUUGAUCUAAACAAUCACGCUCGGAUUCACACGGCGCUACGGACACCCCCGGCAUGCCCUACGAUUUAUUAAUCUUACGUACACCAUUAUUAUUAUUAUUGCCGAAUACUUAAGGAUCAACGCGAUGUCUUCUAGAGACUAGUUAUUUCUAUUAUUAUUAUUAUCAGCAUCAUCAUUAUUAUCGUUCUAUCAGUUCAGAGUGCGUGUCUGGAUCGUGUAUAUGUGUAAGUUGGAUGAUAGACGGAUGAUCCUCCAGCGUAAAGAUUUGUCUUAAUAAUAAGACAAGACAAAGAUAGCGACGAACGAGUUGCAUUAAAUUUGAAGAAAAAAAAAUUGGAGAGAAGAAAAUUUCGUGGAGAAAAAAAAUAAUUAAAAAUUGACAAAAAUAACGUAUAGAAAAAUCGGAUCGAUAGGGCGGUCUUAGAAGUGCCUGACGCUUACGUUCGACUACGUGAAAACGAUGAGGACAGGCAGAAAAAAAAAUGUCACACUUUUAUGGAAAAUUUGUAAAAACCCAUAAUUCAUUCGUACCGAUCGACGGAACGAUCGGGAUCGAUGAUAAGUCGAUCUUCGGUAUUCUAAAUAUUGCAAUCGAUCCUGCCGUCAGGCUCUCAUAUACGUCUGGAUUCGUCGAUCAGUCUCUCCGAUAGUUUUUUAAGGAAGAAACGAGAAGGCGAAUUACGAAUUACUUUUUUUUUUUUUAUAUUCUUUCUUUGACUUUCUGCAUGUUUUUCUUUUUAGGGCGAAAAAAAGAAAUCGCUCGUUACUUCAAAGAAUUCGUACGUGUCUAGUAGGUCAUUUAUUAAGGGCGGAUAUCAUUGUUUAAGCUGGCUGCACAUUGAAAGUAACUUAAUUGUAUUUGUUGGAGUCUUAUCAAAAUGCCGGGUAACAUGUUAUUGAUUAGUUGUAAGAUAUAUACAUAUUAUAUGUAUGUAUAGUAUAUAUAUAUAUAUACAUAUACUAUAUAUUUAUGAAUGUCGCGGUAAUUUUAAAUGUUCGCACCCGCAGCAAACCAAACGGCCCACCCGUACGUCAAAUAGCCGUUCCCCCUCUCUUUUCCCUGAUCGCCCCUCCGCUCCUUCUCGUCCUCCCCUCAUUCUAUUCCGGUAGUAACGUAAAUUUACCAGCUUUUCGAAAUAGCAAAUUACACACCCCGUGGAUAUUAUAGGUUCGUACUGCGCUACAAUGAUAACAAGUACCAUGUAAUAUUUUACGAUUAAUCGCUUUUGUUUUUUUUUUCUUUUUUCUUUGAUUUUAAGCAUCUCUUGAAAUAACGAAUGCUCGAUCAGACUUUUUUUUUUAAUAUUGACACGUUAAUCACGUUUGUCUUUCUGAGAGAGAAAGCGAUCGACGAGCAUUUUUAAAAUUAAUUUUUCUUUUCUUUUCGAAAGAAAAAAGAUCGUUUAUAGGUAUCAUUGAAAAAUUUGGAAUCGUUUACUUUUAAUGUAAUUAUCUAUACGAUUAUCAUUAAUGUAGAGUGUAAUGUAUAUUUGAAGGAUGCUGCUGUCUAUUAUUAUUGUCAUUGCUAUUGCUACUGCUACUGCUCUUACGUUCAAUGCAAUAAAACAGAAGAGAUAUGCACUUUUGGCAUUGAAGCCGUUUACGAUAAAUCGUAUGACGAUUUAUUGGGGUCCCGGACCACGCUGUUCGAUCGGGCAUUUUGUAUUUGAGGAAAUGAAUUUUUUUUUUACUGUCAUCGAAUUACGAACUUUUACAUUCUUGCUGUACUCGCUUGUUUUAUUCUUUUCCAGUGUCUCGCGGGAAAUUAAGCACGGCUUAUGCUUUAUCGGACUCGCGAUUCUUUUGUUUAAAUAAUCAGCGCAGGAUCUGAUUUAUUUAGUAAUGGACGGAGGAAGGUAAUGAUAAAUAUUUGAAAAAUCUUAUGUAAGUCGAAACGACACGAUUGAGCUACUUUGCAGAGUAUAAUAUCGCGUUUGCCUUAUUUCAAUUAUUUAUUGUCACGCGCAAUGAGGAUUCUGUAAAGGGACGCGAAAGAUUUGGCAUUGGUCAUAGUCAUAAAACGGCGCCAUAAUAACCUUGUUGGGUUAAUUACAAUGCGAUCGAUGAGUCUAAUGUGAAUUAAUAGAAUAAUUCGAGUAACUAUCACACGGUGUACAUACAUGAUACAUAAUCUUCGUUAACGAGCAACAUAAAAUGUGAAUGGAGGCUGGAUUUAAGUCGUUAAGUAUACUUAAGUUAAAUGAAUAUUUUAUGUAACUCUAAGAGACGAUAAUUAUGAUUUCUCGAUAGAACAGUAAGUAAGGUCGAUCAAUGUCUUAUCCCAAUCUCAGUUUUUCAGUAUAUCAAUCGUAGAAUAUCUCUAGAGAACUUUUAAUCGUGGUAGACGGUUAGCGACGAGGUGAUAAAGCAGUUUGAAGUAUUUCCCAGAAGUCACGUUGGAAUAUUUUGUUGAUCUAAUUCCAGAUUCAUAUGAAUAUAUAUGAGCAGCACUAAUAAAGCUAACACGGCGCAGACGUUAGCACAGACAGAUUACAUAACCUCGUUGUUUGGACUUGUUUAUUCGUAAUUUUGUCAUUCGUAUAUAAUUAUUUUUCCUUUACGAGCUUCCCUCGUCUUACGUGGCAUCGGGCCUUGUCUUUUGUAGCUCCGACUCGUUGCCGAUUAUUCAAAUUUGUAAAAUCAAUAUCUCACGAGGAUCUUCACGCUUGUUCGCUUCUGUUUUCCCAGCUCGACCGAACGAUUCACUUUGAAUAACGCGCCACUGCGUCCUUUUUCUUUUACCAAUCAAAGGGAAAAUCACGACGCGCAUGCGCGUCAAGGACGGAACUCGGCAGACUCGGGACUUUAGAGUGCGAAAGCGUCGAAUUUUUUUCGUUUGAGAUUCCAUGUUAAACGCGUAUUUGUCUCGGCGGUUUAUUGACAACUGUGGGUUUUCGAUCGAUAUGCAAUUUAAUAUUACAGGAUGAACUGUCGAUCGCUCUUUGCUCAGAAGCAACGCGUCGCCAUUGCAUACAGAAUAGUUUGUAGGUAUGUAUCGCGAUCUUGUUCUUUAAUGAAGGAUUGCUUGAAUCACGUUUAUAAGGUAAAAUGAAUAAUUGAUAUAAUUUUUAUUACUGAGAAACUUAAAUACGCCCAUGUUGUACAUAUCGUUUCCGGUACCACCGAUGAUACAUAUUCAAAAAUAGGAGCCCUUCCGCUCGAUGAAAAUUACGGUUCUUCGUUAAACUUUUAACGGUAAAAACGGGUCACUUACAAAUUUGCUCUAAUGACUUUCGUCUUUCUCAUUUUAUUUUCUUGGAAGGAAAGUUACGUGGCGUCAGGCGGCAACGUGUAUUUACCGUACUGAGCCGGCGUAGGUAUUGCGCAUUGUGGCGCGAAUAAUACGGGAAAUAAUUUUCUUUACGUCAAAAUUCUUUUAGGUAAGCUAUCCUAGCUGUAUAAGAUUUAUUAUCAAUGUGUUAGAAUUACAAAAAUCUAAAUAAACUUUUAAACCAAUUCACUGUACAAUUUACAUUGCUAUUUUGUUUCGACGACCUUUGUCAGAUUCAUAUGAAUAUACAAAUCUUCGAAAACUUGGGUUACGAUUGGUUUCAAGUAGUGCCACAAUACGGCGUUUUGUUCUCGCUAGUCGUUCUUUAGUUUGGAUGGAAUAAAAGUUUUGACAAAACGAAUUGUUCGAUCAUGCUUGAUCUUGGCUUCAAAAAUUACAAUAUGGAUAUGAAUGUAUAUGAAGUAUUGCAAAUCGCAUUGAGCGUUAAAGAAUUUUUGUUUCUUUGAUGUAAUUAUUUAUGUCAGAGAAACUUCAAUAUUCGUGUUCGACCAAGUGGAAGACUUGGUCCAAUUUUAUAUCUGGGUGUAAACCCAUAAUAAUACAAACAACUGAAUAAUAGGAAAAACAUGUAUGUGGGUUGGAAAUUGUAUAAAUGAGUAAAACUUCGGGACUCUGGAUAUGUCUGUCCUUGUCGUAUGCACGUAAAUAAAUAUGUCUGAUUCUUUUGCACUCACCACGUUACAGAAGUUUUCAAAAUCUUAGAGAUUAGGAUCUUCCUCUAAUCGGUUCAUUAAAAUGAUCUAGUAUACUGGUACAGAUAUACUUGAACGGUCGUAUGCGUGAACACGUGCGCUGAUCUGCGCACAGCGACAGAAAGUGUAGUAGUCAGUCUUAUGAAAAUAUCAGUGAUAAUACAAAUGGCUGCCAAAGGAAAUACUAUAUCUGCAUUUGCAGCCUAUAACAUGAAGCGCAGGAGUUUGGAUAACUCAAUUAAACAGAAGAAGGCAAAGAAAGCACGAGCUUCAUUAGGAAACCUAACUCCUAGUCAGGAGACUAAACAGAGGGAAAAAAUUAAACAUGAUCUCAAAUCUAUUAAGGCUGAUAAACAGUCGAAUGGUACAAAGACAUCGUUGAAUAAAACUCUUCCUGUUGUAUCUUUAACUAAACUUGCUAGGCAAAAAAAAAGAAAGUCACAUAGUCCAGCUAAGAUAAAGGGAGUAGUUAAGAAGAUAUUCGAACAAAAUGUCUUAAAUGAUGAAGACCCUGUGAAAUCAUCAAAAAAGUAUGAAAAUAAAUCUAAAUCAUCUGAAAGCAUUUUGAAUUCGUCAAAAUCAUCCAACCGAACUCUGAAGUCCAGAGGGCAAAAAUUGAAGAGACAGAAGAAAAAUCUAAAGGAAAGAGUUAAUAAGAAAAAGAAUGCAUCACCAAUUAAUGGAGAGAAUCAAAUGGAUCACAAUUCAGCAUCUGUAGAUUUUGAUAUAGAUAAGGAAAUCAUAGAAAAGCUACCAGUUCUUGACUCUGCUGAGGAAGGCAAGACAUUAUUCCAGUGGCUCAUUCAUCCAGUCAAAAUCGAAGACUUUUUUGAGCAAAAUUGGGAGAUGAGACCGUUGCAUAUUAAACGAAAGAAAUCUAACUAUUAUAAACAGCUUAUGUCAACCCCCAUACUCGAUAGUGUCUUGCGUAACUUCUUUAUCAAAUUCACUGAAAACAUUGAUAUUACAUCCUAUAAUAAUGGGGAGCGAACAACUCACAAUCCCCCAGGUCGAGCUCAUCCCACUGUGGUGUGGGAUUAUUACAUGAAUGGUUGUUCAGUAAGAAUGUUAAAUCCCCAAUCCUUUAUUCCAAAACUUCAUACCUUGAAUGCGACACUCCAAGAAUAUUUUGGCUGCUUCGUUGGUGCCAAUUCCUACCUAACUCCACCAGACAGUCAAGGAUUCGCACCCCACUACGAUGACAUAGAAGCUUUCAUUUUACAAAUCGAGGGCAAAAAAAGAUGGAGACUUUAUGGAGUACAGACAGACGGCGAUUACCUGGCACGAAAUUCCUCCGGAAAUUUUACAGGUGAUGAAAUCGGCGAGCCUAUACUGGAUACUGUCGUGGAAGCUGGGGAUUUAUUGUACUUCCCACGAGGAACCACUCAUCAGGGUGAAACAAUCGACGGUGUUCACAGUCUGCAUAUUACUUUGAGUGUCUAUCAGAAAAAUAGCUGGUGCGAUUUUCUUGAGAAACUCAUCCCCGAAGCUCUCGAUCGCGCCAUCAUGAAUGACUGCGAAUUCCGUCGAGGAUUGCCUCUCGAUUAUCUAAGACACGUGGGACUCGUCUACUCUAACACCGAGAGUGAAAAGCGAACCCAGUUUAUCACAAAGACAAAAGAAUUACUUCACCAACUGGUGGACCACAUAGACGUAGAUAAAGCUGCGGAUAGCAUGGCAUUGCGACAUAUAUACGAUUAUCUGCCACCAGCGCUAACUGCACAGGAAACUGUAUGCUCAGUCUAUGAGGACGGCGAGAGGAUGGUCGCCGAUGGCGUUGUUGAAAAUCGUGUCGAGAUAGAACCAGAUACCAGAGUUAGAUUACUGAAAGCCAACUGUGUGAGAUUGGUCGAUGUGAAUGGCGAUCUCAGGAUCUAUUAUUCCACCGAGAAUUCCAAGGUGUAUCACGAGUACGAACCAGAGUACCUAGAGAUUUCAAGGGAACUAGCACCUGCAGUGGAAGCCAUUAUAUUGAAUUAUCCAGACUUUGUGGCUGUUGAGGAUUUACCUAUUGAGGACGACCAUGAUAAACUUCAGGUAGUGAAGGAUCUCUGGGAGAAAGGAAUUCUGGUGACGGAUGAGCCAUUGCCUGUUGCAUCAUAAUUUAUAAGUAUACAAACACUUUGCAUUGGCACACUUUAUUUCAUUCAAUUCUGCAUGAUAUCAACGAAACUAUAUUUUCUUUUCAUAAGUUGAAUUCUGUUCUCGUACCUCAAUACUUCUCAUAGUAUUACUGAUAUUACUUUGUCGUCACUGACAAAUAUUUUAUAUUCUUACUUUGACUAUUUUAUGAUAUAUAAAGAACUUUUAAUUCAAUGGCUUACAGUCAUGUAUCAUUAUUGAUGCAUCAUUCUUUAAUAAACAUUUUUGCUGCCAGAAAUGAUUUUUUAUUUUAAAUUUGUUUUGCUGUUAUGCAUGUAUUACAUAUAAUAGAGCCUCGGUGCCUAAAAGACAUACUGGCACAAUCGUUUAUACAAUGGCAAAUGC